CUUCAGUUUUUAAAGUUUUUUUUUUUUUUUUUUAAAAGCCACUGUGUAUGUACAUAUAUACAUAAACCCUCUCCUCCGUCUGCUUCAGCGUUCCUUCCCUCCCUCUGACUCCCUUGGUAGUUGUUUCGGCGGCUUUGUGAUUUGCAUGGCAGUGGAGUAACCGUGGAGAGGCCAGGGUAUCACAAGCUUAUGGAUUUUGACAAGAGAGGAGGGAAGGGGGAGGCUGAGGAAGGGAAAAGGAUGUCCAAGGCAGCUGGGAGCAGGACUGGACAUGGGGGCAGGAGCACAGGGACCAACUCUGGGGUGCUCAUGGUCGGCCCCAACUUCCGCGUCGGAAAAAAGAUCGGCUGUGGCAAUUUCGGGGAGCUCCGGCUUGGGAAGAACCUCUACACCAACGAAUAUGUGGCCAUCAAAUUGGAGCCGAUAAAGUCCAGGGCACCCCAGCUGCACUUGGAAUAUAGGUUUUACAAACAGUUGGGAAAUUCAGAGGGCAUUCCUCAGGUGUACUACUUUGGGCCAUGCGGGAAGUACAAUGCCAUGGUGCUGGAGCUGCUGGGGCCCAGCCUGGAGGACCUGUUCGACCUCUGCGACCGCACCUUCUCCCUCAAGACCGUCCUCAUGAUAGCCAUACAGCUGAUAACGCGGAUGGAGUAUGUGCACACAAAAAGCUUGAUAUACAGAGACGUCAAGCCGGAGAACUUCUUGGUGGGGCGGCCGGGUAGUAAGAGGCAGCACACAAUCCACAUCAUCGACUUCGGGCUGGCCAAAGAAUACAUUGACCCCGAGACCAAAAAACACAUCCCCUACCGGGAGCACAAGAGCCUGACGGGAACCGCACGAUACAUGAGCAUCAACACGCACCUGGGGAAAGAACAAAGCAGAAGGGAUGACCUGGAGGCUCUGGGUCACAUGUUCAUGUACUUCCUGCGAGGCAGUCUACCCUGGCAGGGUCUGAAGGCGGACACGCUGAAGGAACGGUAUCAGAAAAUUGGAGACACCAAGCGAGCCACGCCCAUCGAAGUGCUGUGUGAAAGCUUCCCAGAGGAAAUGGCCACCUAUCUGCGUUAUGUGAGGAGACUGGACUUCUUUGAGAAACCUGACUAUGACUACUUAAGGAAACUCUUCACCGACCUCUUUGACAGGAACGGCUACGUGUUUGACUACGAGUACGACUGGGUCGGCAAACCACUUCCAACUCCAAUUGGCCCCAUCCCCAGUGACACACCCCUUCAGCCCAGCAGCAGAGACAAAGCACAACAGCAGACCAAAAACCAGUCGCCUGAACCCAAAGGAAGUGAGUCCCAACCCACUCCAGUGACCAAUAGGGAGCUCCUGGGGUCGCAUCUCACAGCUGAUAGGCUGGGGGGCUCUGUCCAGGUGAUGAGCUCAACGAAUGGAGAGCUGAAUACUGAUGACCCUACUGCUGGACACUCAAACGCUCCCAUCACUGCGCCAGCCGAGGUCGAAGUGGCCGAUGAUACAAAGUGCUGUUGUUUCUUCAAAAGGAGAAAGAGGAAAGCCCUCCAGCGACACAAGUGAGGAGAUGAUGUCAGAGAGAACUUGAAACAUUUUGGUCACUGUUUUAAAACGGAAGCUAACUCACAAAACGCCCGUCUCUCUCUUUGACUUCUUUCGUUGGUGCACCCCCCUCUGCUGGCGUGCAAAGGAACGUUGUUGUCCCAUCGGUCAAGUGGGCCACGCAACAGACUCUGGUUCCCCUUUUUUUUAAGACAAGGAAAAUAAAGAAACAAAUAAAUACAUACCUAAAAUGGCGGAUUCAGUAAAAAAAAAAAAAAAAGAAAAAACUAAGUAACUGAUAACAGUAACAAUGAUACACCGUGAUGUGAAUAUUAAAAAAAGAUACUGUUUGAAACAGUUGUUGUAUUCUAGAUUCCAUGCAGAACAUUAACUGUACAACAGCCAUUGAUCUGGGGGGAAAAACGCAUGAACAGGUCGGGUAAAGGAAAUGUGUUCCAUAGAAAUAAUGCUUAUUUGUGGGAUCAAGGUAAGAGGCAAGGAUGAGCUAUCAUAAUGAUAACCCAAGAAUCAGUGAGAGCAACAGGAAGCGUUUCAUCUAAAGAAUUGGAAGAUUUUUAUGGAAAUUCAUUGUUUUUCCUUUUUGUUUUUCUGUUUUGUAAAUUCACUUUUAAGUUGUUUUCAAGUUUGGUUCUCCCUCAGUUGAAACAAACUUACUUUCAUGUUGUAGUGUUGCGGAAUUAAUUUUUUUCAUUUUUUUUUCUUGUUUCUUUUUUUCUGUCAAUGUGGACUUUGUAGCACAGUCACUGGCCUCAGGUACUGUGGAAGAUUGAGAGAAAAACAUAUAUUAAUCUCUCUUUAAAUUGCACUUUUGGAAAAAGAAAAUACAGUGGAAUUCUGGGCUUGAAAUUCACAAACAAAAAAGUAAAUAAAGACUGAUCUAGGAAGAUUCCAAUACGAGGCUGAUCUCUGUACAAGGGCCGAAAUGUCAAUUUAAAUGGAGAAAAAAGAAAAAAAAAAUGUCUUUCAAUUUUUAUUUCACACAUCAGAAUAAUUUACCAGGAAAUCAUAGUUUGUGCCUUUCCAAGUAAAAUGUUUAAAGCUCCAGUAAGUGUCCCGCAAUGAAAUUUUAUCUGGACCAUGUUGCAGUGUUUGUUUUGCGUCUGCCUAUGUGUAUGUGUGUGCGUGCGUGCGUGCGUGUGUGUCUGCGUGUGUGCACCUGUCACUCAGUUUGCACAUGUAUUCUCCUGGGCUGCCUUCCUCACGUCACCGCCACCACCACCACCACCGCCACCACCACCGCUGUCCUGUCCAGACACGGUCUGCUCCUUCUGUGCUAUGACAAUCAUGAAACCGUCUCAGCGGUGUAGUCUUUCCCUCUUCACUGGGCACUCUAAAAAA